AUGGGGUGGUUCGCGCGCGGCGCCGAGCGCGCGGAUGAGGAUCCGGCGCUGGGGGCGACGCGACACACGACGCCGGCGGGGCGGUACUCGGUGGCGGUGCGCCUGGUGGAGGCGAAGAACCUGCAGGCGAUCACGGCGUUUAAUCUCAUGCAGACGUUGAUGAGCUUUCGGUUGAAGACGCAGACGUCGAGCGCGGAUCGGUUGCCGAACGUCGUGGGCAAGGUGCGGUUGGAACGCGCGGGAUUCGACGCGCAGAAGCGGAAGACGGUGGUGGAGAAGGAGACGGCGGCGCCGCUGUGGAAUCAAUUGUUUUAUUUUACCGAUGUAGAGCUGGCGUCGGAUGAGUUAGAGGCGUGUAACGUGGUGGUGAACGUGUGCGAUAAGUCGAGAAUCGGGAAGGACAUGGUGAUCGGGAGCGUGGAUAUCAACCUGGCGCAGGUGUAUCUCUCGGACUCGCACGAGAUUUGGAACGAGUGGUAUUCGUUGACGGAUUUUAGUGGGCGGCGAACGGGGAGUCAGGGCGAGUUGUGCCUGUGUGUGACGGUGUUGCACGAGGGUGACGCGCCGCCGUUGCACUUGGAUGAAAAAUUUAGCGACGACGAGGAAGCAGCGGUGGAAGUCGGCACGUUCGAGACGGAAGAGCAGCGGAAGAAGCGCAUCGCUCGCGCGGAGAAGAAAGCACACGAAAAGGCGUUGGCAGAGGCGGCGGAGCUACAGAGAAAGAAUAUUGUGCCGUAUGUUCUCAAGUGUAGCGUGCACAAUGGCAGGGAGUUUCCACGCAUGGAUAGAUUCGGUUCGGGAGGGCUCGACGCCUAUCUCAAGGUGACGUGUGGAUCGGCAAAACCCGCACAGACUCGCGUCAUUACGAGUGCCAAUCCUAAUUGGGAUGAGGAGAUCGUUCUGCGCCUCAUGGUGCCGGGCGGCGCUGACGGAUUGGACGCGAUGCCACCGCUGCGUCUGAGCGUGAUGGACAGAGACCUGACGUCACGAGACGAUCACGUCGCCUCGACCGUAAUUAGCUUGGCCGAUAUCGCGUUACGCCCAGUAGCGUACUCUAAGCCGAAGUGGUAUUGCUUCUAUGGAGGCUUACGAGGGAUGGAGAUCGCCUUCUUCUCGCGCAUGUCGAAAUUAGCGAAGAGAAUGAAUGCGGGAUACGUGGACGGAGCGGCUUACAGAGGCCGAGCGUUGAUAUCGUUUACGUUGGAGCCUGAGAACCGGAAAAAUGCAUUCGUCCGUGCGAAGAAGAAACUCCCCAGCGUUCUUGACAAGAUGGGCAGAGAGUGGCACUGCUUCCUCCACUCACAAGUUUUGUCGGUGGAGCUUUUCCAAACAAACGCGACGGGUAAGAUGUUGAACGUCGAUGUUGGCAUGGGUUUAAGUUCCACAUCCUCCCCGAACGUUCUACUGUACGGUGAAGGCGGAUCGCUUAGCGGCGAGUGUUACGCGAACGUGCGGUGUACGUUGGCCCCGCUCACGAUUAAGAUUCCGAUGCCAUUUGAUGGUCCACUCGCUGGCACUGGAUCGCCGGAUGUUUUCGUGAACGUCAACGUGAUGAGCUCGAGCGGAAGUCGACGUGUAGGCUUCUGUCGCAUUCCCGUAUCACAGCUGAUGCCCGUGAACGAAUCGCUUCGACCAAUGGCAACACCGACCACUGCGGAGUUUCCGUAUGGAUGGACCGUCCAAGGCUGGUUCACUCUCCGAGCGGACGCGCUUAGCUGUCACAAAAUGGGGAAAAGUAGACGCGCAGAGAACGUCAAGCCGAUCGGGCAAGUCCUUCUACGCCUUAUGAUUCGUGGCUCUACGACUGCGAAGAAUAUGACUGGCGCAGAUUACGACAUUUCCCUCGAUUUCAAUGAUGCGCAAUCGAUGGCUUCUGACGUCGCAGAUGCCCAAGAGGAUAGACGCAAGCAGUUAGAAAAGAAGGCUGAGGUUCGUGGUGCACGUGUUGCGGCGCAAAUGGAGCACGAGUUCAUCGAUCCUCUUCCAACCCGAAAGUUUAUGCUUCGCAUGCAACUGUUCCAGGCGCGCGAUUUACCAGCUGCUGACGCCCAUGGAUCUAGCGACCCAUUUGCCGUGCUGCGAGUCGGCCGUAGCAUCGCGGAGACGCAGGUCGUUAAGUCGACAACGUCACCAUCCUGGUUCAGAGAACUGUUCGUUGCGGUCGAUCUUCCGCUCGUCGUCAAAGACAAGAAACGCAUGCCAGACGGCACAUUGGUUACCGACGAUGAAGAGAGCGACUCAGAGGAAGAGAAGCUCGUGCUCGACGCCACUGGCAUAGUGGCCGAUCUCGCUUCAUCUGACUCGGAGGCUGAUCAACCACGAUUCAAUGCCGAUAUUGAGAUGGGGGCUGCCGCGCCGAAGAAGGCGAAGCAAAAAUUUGUUGGGAAAAGUUCCGGCGCCGCCGGACAAGAAUUCGAAGGUAUCGCUUGGUGGGCUGCUCCAUCGUUGAACAUCAUGGUAUUCGACAAAGAUGAAGGCUACUUCUUCGGCGAUAACGAUCCGUUAUCUGUGCUUUCAUUGCCACUGAUUCACCCCGCUCAACUAGAGGCUGAGCGCCGUGGAGACGACAACUUUAGCGUCAUGGCCUCCUCAAUCCUUUCGUUUUACUCCAAGUUUAGCUUGGAAUCGAACUUACCAGAUCGCUACGACCAGAUUGCAGACUAUGAGGUUGGCGCACUGUCGAACGAACCUGAGUGGUAUCCGAUGCGUCAGCUGAAUCCUCAAAAGGGUCUGAGCGUGUCUCCAAUCGACGCAGGCGGUUACAUACUGAUGCACUACGAGCUACUGCCGGCGCCCGUGGAAGGCAUCGCAAAGUUUGCGGGCAUUUACGACAAGUCAUUCAGAUCACUCUCAAUGAUGAAACUGAACUCUGCCGUGAAGCCGCUCGAGGAUACGUAUGGAAUGACCGCCAUCGCGGUGGAUAUCGUGGUGCUCGGGGUGCGGGGACUGACGCCGUACCGAGGGUCCGCGCCGUAUCGCCCGUCCGUCGAGUUCGAGCUGAACGGAGUCACGCCGCUGUACUUUGGUUCCACAAGCCACAUGGCGCGUUCUAAACCUCAAAUGUAUCCGACUGGAGCCAACGCGAACAUGAAGGGCGAAAUACUCACACUGCGAGGUAUGCUCACAAAGCUGGCCAAGGUUCGCCUCAGUCUAUCGAUCCGCGUACUCGAUGGGCGAGGAGCGUCGCAGCAUAUCAUUGCGACGAACGAACACCCUCUUAAAAUUCGCGAUUCCGAAAAGGCUGAGGAUGAGGAAGCGUUCGUUAGCAAGCUGAAGAGCAUAAAAGUCAAAGAGCUCACCGCGGAGGAGAAACGUGAGAGACAAAUGGCGGAGAUGUCAGAGACGGUUUCCCAUUCAGAGAUGACUUUUGGCACGAACACAACCCUAUACAUGGAUGACUCUGAGACGGCAACUUUCGAUUACAGCGACGAAGAAAUGUCUUCCAACAGCUCAUUUGGCGGUUCAGGGGUAGGCACGGCGCAGACGGAUAACAAAUUCUCGACCAUGAAAAGUCUGAAUGCGACAAAGAGCAUGAAGAGCAUGAAGAGCAUGAAGAGCAUGAAGAGCAUGAAGAGCAUGAAGAGCAUGAAGAGCAUGAAGAGCAUGAAGAGCAUGAAGAGGAGGGGAUUCAAUGUCGAUCCGAAUGUGCACCCAUCGAGUUUCAAGCUCGUUCGUAAGAUGGACGGGAGCCGAGAAUAUGUUCCGCUCAGGGACGUGACAAAACUGAAAGAUCGUCGGACUUUGCCAUCUAUAUUUGAGGGCGAAGAAGACUCUGCUUCAGAAUCGUCUGAUUCAAACGCAACGGAGCUGAGCGGCGAAGGCACCAUUCAUUCCUACGUGAGUGUGAGUGAAAGCGAAAGCGACGAUCUCUUCGACGACAGGGACAAAUCUGGUUCUGAUUCAGAGAAAGAAAUUGAAGUAGUUGAAGCGUCUGAAUCCGAACCUGAAGACGAAGUUGCCAUCACUUUCGACGAUGGCACUGGGAAAAUUCCGGAAUGGAUGAAAGGAAGAAUGAUGAUCGCUGGUGGUCUACUCGAAGAUGAACUUGCCCCUCUCACAUUCAUGUCUAUCCCCGUGUAUCACGCCAAGGACUUUGCUGAUAAUACAUCCGAGAAGGAGCUCGCUGGAUUCGUAAAGUGUGCGUUGCGAAGUGUCCCUCUCACUGAAGAUGUGAGCUUCGUCGCCGAAAAUCUCCUCUCGAAAAAGCCGAAUAAACGGACGACAAUGAUGGAGAUGCUCAACAAAAAGGCAAAGCAACAGCGGAUCGAGAAGAGUCACAGGCGCGAGUUGGCCAGAUGGCAACCAGAAGAAGAAUUCGCCACGAUGUCCAAAGAAGAACUACUUGAGACCCAACGCCUCGCCGGCGGCGGAGACUUAGCCGCUCCACCCACCGAAGUGACGAUUCGACUGUACGCAAUUCGAGGAAGAGAUCUUCGCACUUCGGAUCCCUCAGGUUUAUGUGAUCCGUAUCUCGUUGUCAACCUGCGUGGGGUGAAGAAGAGUUACGGAAAGCGUGACGACCAUGUGAGGCGCACGCUUUCACCCUGGUUCUACAAGUCUUUCCAAGUCUCCACGGAGGUGCCUGGUAACUCGAUCCUUGACGUCCAUGUGUGGAAUUGGGAUAAACGAGGGAAAGACGUCCUGAUUGGUACGGUUUCUGUCGACGUUGAGGACAGGUUUUUCUCGCAAAUAUGGGCGCAAAAUCUAUCGGAUAAGCCUCCUUUGGAAGUAAGACCGAUUCUUCUUCCAGAUAGCAACGCACCGCAAGGCUAUCUCGAAAUGUUUGUAGAGAUUCACGAGGGCGCGAACCCCCCUGAAAUGUUCAAUUUGCAACCGCCGCCGGUAAUGGAGGCCGAGCUGCGAUGCGUCACCUUCAACGCGCGCAAAAUGGUGAACAAGGACGUCGGAGGAAAGAACGAUCUUUUCUUCAAACUUUCUCUGGUAGGACUCGAUCGCACGCAGACUCGUUUCUCUGAAAACCAGGAGACAGACACGCACUGGUUUGCAACGGAUGGCCGAGGCAGCUUCAACUUCAGAAACGUGUUCAAGUUGGAACUGCCAGUGUCUCGAGCUGCGCUGCGAAUAUCGGCGUACGAUAGAGACUUGUUCAGUGCGAACGAUGCCAUCGGAGAGGUGACGAUCCCGCUCACUGGGAUGUGUCGACAGCUCAUGCGUGCUGUGGAGAACUCCCCUGAUGGAGAACUGGCAAACGAGGCAACCAUCGAGUUCAAAUCUUCGUUUGAGGAAACCUAUACGAACUUCAAUCUCUUCGACGGCGUCGCGGAAGGAAAAUGGCUCAAGCUGUAUCACCCGAGCAAGCCGCUUGAGUGUCAAGGUGAGGUUGAAAUCAUGCUGUCUCUGAUGCCGCAGCGUAAAGCGGAUGCCCGUCCCGUGGGCAGAGGACGUGACGCGCCGAACAGAGACCCGCAACUCAGAGAGCCCGUUCGCGCCAGGCUGAGCCUGAUGGAUCCGCUCGGGUCUCUCUCGCUGAUUUUGGGGCCCGAAAUGAUGCGCAAGAUCGUCGUCGUCGGGUGCUGCCUCAUGUUCCUCGCCAUGUUUGCUGGUUUAGCCGUGUUCAUCAUCAACGAUUUCGUCGGCGCGUACGUUCAGAUCGCCGUUCAAAAUCAAGCGAAGAAAUUUGGACUCGUGCAAGGCAAUUCACCCGCUCCGGCCCCGGUGCCCAUCGGACGCCGUUAG